AUGCCUCACUUUGCAAACCCUCUUUUAAGAAACAUCAUUACCAGAAAUCCAUUCGAUAACAUCAAGAGGAAGCGAUGCCUCCAAUAUUUGAAAACGCUGAAAACACUGCAAAAUGAUGGAUUUAAGACCAUAUAUUUUGGAGAAACCAAUAUUGCCGAGAGUCUUGUCGCCGGAGAAGAUUUCGGUGACGGGUGUUUCACGCAGACUCCAACUUGGUGUAUCGUGCAUGCUGGUGGUAGUCAAGGAUGGGUGCCUUGGAAGUACCGGACGUUCCUUAGAGAUGAGGUAUGCAUCAAACAGGAAGACAGCCUCUUCUCUGAGUUCUGUGAUGUGGCGAGGAAGGCCUACGGGAAGUGCGCCAUUGUGGUCAAAGAGAGAAGGCAGCAAGACAAGAAGAAGCCAGAGGAAGACAAAGAGCCAGAGGCCCAGAUCCAUGCCCCAUCGGUCAUUAACCUAAAGAGCCUUGUGUGUUGCCCGGAGGUAGCCAAGUCCCGUGGCCACGAACUACUCUCUCUGCCUUCCCUUUACAAUUACCUAAACCCUUUAGACUCAGCCUGGUCUUCUUUGAAAUGGUUUAUCAUCAAUAACAGAAAGGAGUUUUGCUUUCAGUACAUUGACAGUGUCUAUUCUUACCAGUACAUACUUGUCAGAGAUUUAAUUAGCAAAGGGAUCGAAAGGAUAAACCCAAGCAAAUGGAAAACACUAACCAACAAAGUGCGGAGAUGGGAAAACUACUAUCUUGGUAAAUUUUCUUAAGGGUGAUUCCUCUAACAAGCGGUUGGGACCAUGCUACGGGCAGUCUUUACCAACUCUGCUGGGCUCGACUCGGGACCACUGCAGCCAAAGAUACUUCAACAAUGACCUCACAGGGCUGCUGUGAGGACUGAGGUUUCUAAGGGUGUUGGCCAAGUGCUGUAGGUUUACUGGAGGUUCCAUUAAAGCUUGUUGGUGAA